AUGUCGAAACUUGUGAUCGCAGCGAUAACAGGAAAUUUUCAUGAAGUAAAACGAUUAGUUGAACAUGGUGCUGAUGUAAAUUGUGACGAUCAAUUUGAAGGAAGUCCUCUUCACAUUGCUACAUCAUCUGGUUCACUGGAAAUUGUCAAAUAUUUACUUGAACAUGGUGCUGAUGUAAAUUGUGAAAAUCAUCAUAAAGGAAGCCCUCUUCGCCAUGCAGUUUCAUCUGGUUCACUGGAAAUUGUCAAAUAUUUAGUUGAACAUGGUGCUGAUGUAAAUUGUGGAGAUCAAUAUGAACGAAGUCCUCUUCACAUUGCUACAUCAUCUGGUUCACUGGAAAUUGUCAAAUAUUUAGUUGAACAUGGUGCUGGUGUAAAUUGUGAAGAUCAAUAUGAAGGUAGUCCUCUUCACAUUGCUACAUCAUCUGGUUCACUGGAAAUUGUCAAAUAUUUAGUUGAACAUGAUGCUGAUGUAAAUUGUGAAAAUGAUUUUGAAGGAAAUCCUCUUCACUCUGCAACAUCUGGUUCACUGGAAAUUGUCAAAUAUUUACUUGAACAUGGUGCUGAUGUAAAUUGUGAAAAUCAUUAUAAAGGAAGUCCUCUUCACUCUGCAGCCUCAUCUGGUUCACUGGAAACUGUCAAAUAUUUACUUGAACAUGGUGCUAAUGUAAAUUUUGAAAAUCAUAAUAAAGGAAGUCCUCUUCACUCUGCAACAUCUGGUUCACUGGAAAUUGUCAAAUAUUUAGUUGAACAUGGUGCUGAUGUAAAUUGUGAACAUCAUCAUAAAGGAAGCCCUCUUCACUCUGCAGUUUCAUCUGGUUCACUGGAAAUUGUCAAAUAUUUAGUUGAACAUGGCGCUGAUAUAAACUGUAAAAGUUGGUGGAAUAAUUUUGAACCUGUGAUUCAGAAUGCUGUUAAGUUUGGUUCAUUGGAAAUGGUUAAAUACUUAAUUGAACAUGGUGCUGAACUAACAAAUGAAGAAAAUUUUGACAUGCCCAAAAUUUUAUGUCUAGCUUGUGAAGGUGGGAAUGCGUCAAUUGUUGAUUACCUUCUCCAACAUGGAGUGAUGAAAGACGUGAAUAACUGGAAAUUGCACUCUCCCUUACGUAUAGCAUGCCUGAAAGGUCAUACCGCCGUAGUUCAAACAUUACUGAAAUAUAACGUUGAUAUACGAAAAGAGAAGGAACCAUUAAUAUGUGGCAAUAAUGAGAUCAUAAAUAUAUUGAAUGUGGAAUUAAAGAAAUCCCUUAAACAUCGCAAGAAAAUUACGAUUUUGAAAGGAAUGAACAACGUAAACUUGACAAAGGUAAUAUUAUAUUUCAGUUUUAUUGCAUGCAGAGCAAAAAAGAAACGUGUAUUUAUUAGUUAUUAUUUUUGGCUUUGGCCGUUUAAUCGAGUACCCGCUUUAUAUUUUUAUUGUGUUUUAAUUGUUUCAAGAAUUCAAUCACGUGGAAACCGGGGGUUGCGAGUUAA